GAAAUUAGGAGAAUUUUGGGAAUUUAGGAGAAUUUUUGGGAAUGGUUCUGGCUGGUGGGACAGAGACCCCCAGAUUUGCAGGAGCACAUGGUCAGCCAGAGGGUUUGCUGACCCCUAAGAUAUAAUUUCACUUGUUUUUCAUUUGAGAGGCUUAAAAGGCAGAGACAAAAAGUAUUUAUCUUUUCUGGAUCAUAAUUUUUUUCUUUGUUAAGUUUUGUGCUUUAAAAAAACAUGGAAUAGAUGGUGGCAACAGGUUGGAGGAUCUUCAUCAGCUUUAAAGAGGUUGAUUUUUGUAAACCCAUAAAAAAGACAAGCCUAGAUUAUCAUAUUUUCUACUUUUAGAGCUUUUUCUGGCGUGAAGCAACCAUAAUUUUAUCACCCAGAGGGACCCUCUGAGCACUCGAGGGAUCCCCACUGAAGGAGGAGCCAUGCACUAGGAGCCAGCACACCCCAGGGUACAGCAGGACCUGCAGGAGGGACGGGACAUGCGGAGCCUGGGCUGCCUCCCCUGGGGACUCCUCCUCAUCCUCACCACCAGCACCCAGGGCUUUGCCCAGCCAGGCCGCAGGGUGUGCUCCGCGGUGCCGCCGAGCCGCCGCAGCGCCCACGCCGAGUCCCACGUGCAGCCCGUGUACCAGCCCUACCUCACCACCUGCCAGGGCCAGCGCCUCUGCAGCACCUACAGGACCAUCUACAGGGUUGCCUACAGGCAGAGGUACAGGCUGGUGCCUGAGCCCACGGCCUCGUGCUGUCCUGGCUGGAGCAGAGCGAACGGCCACACACUGGGCUGUAACAGAGCUCUCUGCUGGGAGCCGUGCCAGAACGGAGGGAGCUGUGCCUUCCCCGGGAGAUGCUCCUGCCCCCCCGGCUGGACAGGACGAGCCUGCCAGACAGAUGUGGAUGAAUGUGCCAGCCAGAGGCACGGGUGCAGCCAGCUCUGCAUCAACACAGCCGGGAGCUUCCACUGCGCCUGCCGGGACGGCUUCAGCCUCGCUGCCGACCACAAGGGCUGCCAGCCCCUGGUGCCACCUCCUGCGACAGACACCUCCAGCCAAGCAGGUCCUUCCAGUGAAAUGAAGGAAGAGAUGAAGGACCUGAGGAGCAGAGUGGAAGCGCUGGAGCAGAAGCUGCAGCUGGUGCUGGCCCCUUUCCACAACCUGAUGCUGCCAGAGGAUGUCGGUGCAGACCCCAUCAGCCGCCUGUCCCACUCCCUCCAGCAGCUGGACAGGAUCGACUCCCUGAGUGAGCAGAUCUCGUUCCUGGAGGAGAGGCUGGAGACCUGUUCCUGCAAGAAUGAACUCUAGCAGAGUGCCUGGGGACUUGGAGCAAGCUGAGUGCAUCCACAGCUCUUAUCUCUUAUCUCCAGGCUGGGGGUGAAGCCACAGCAUCUCCAGGAAGGCACAGGGUAGCAGAGGAGGCUGGGCUCCCAGCAGCAUCUCCAUCCUUCUCUCUGCCAGCUCACCUCACCACAGGGCACCAGUUCCUGCCAGAGGACUCUGAGCCCUCUCCCUGCUGGAGAGGCAGCAAAUAAAUGUCUUAUCUCGUUCCA